AUGGCCAUCGACCACGACGCCGACACCGGCACUAGCCCCUACAACGACAAGCUUCUGCUCGCCGCAAUCGUCUCCCUCUCCGUCGUCAUCUUCCUCGUCAUCCUCCUCCACCUCUACGCCCGUUAUCUUCUCCUCCUCCGCCGCCGCCGCCACCACCGCCUCCCCUCCCACCUCGCCCUUCGCCGCGUCCUCCAUAGCACGCAACCUCCUCCUCCCUAUCUGAACAAUUAUGACGGCGAUCGUUAUGUGAUCCCGGGCCACGCGACGGAGACCAGGACGACGGUCGGCGGCGGGGUCGACCCCAAGGUGGCGGCUUCGAUGCCGGAGUUCGUGUAUAGAGCGGAAGAGAACUCCGGCGGCGGCGUCGAAUGCGUGGUGUGCUUGAGCGUCAUGGAGGAGGGGGAGAGGGGAAGGCGGCUUCCGCGGUGCGACCACGCGUUCCAUGUCUGGUGCAUCGAUGUGUGGUUUAUGGCGCACGACACGUGCCCAAUUUGUCGGGCGCCGGUGAGGAUGGAGGAGGAGGCGCCGCCGCCAGAGGAGGUGGUGGUGGAGGAGGCGGCCAUAGCUAGCGUUGACAGUGCUGUUGUGGCGGAGGCCGGUGAGAUGGCAGCGGUUGAGGUUGAGAAAGACGAAGAGUCUCCUUCCUCCUCGGCUUCUAAUAAUUUGUCUUUUGGUUCUUCUCUUUUGAGAAUUUUAAGCAGAGGGAGAUCAUGA